AUGGCUCAAGCAGGUGAUCCAGAUAUCUUGACCGACUUCAUUGUUUCUGAAAAUCAAACUGGAGAUACAAUAGAUGGGAAUUUCUUCACCUUCACAGGCACGCGCGGAAUUUUUGAUAGUGUUAUUACGUGCUUUAAGUUGACAAAAGCUAGCAAAGCGAAAUUUCCAGAUUUGGAUGGACCGCGUACUUCACUUACUGUCCUUCUGUUCCCUGGACUAGUGCAUUAUCAGUACUAUACUGACUGGAAUAAAUCAGCUUCAGCUGUUUCUGCAUUUGGUGACGCAAAUGUAGGAACCAUUUCACAUCCAGCAGCUCUGUUUGCUACUUGUGUCGAUGAUCAGAUUCUCGCUAAGUCAUUCAAGACUGAUCAUAACUGA